AUGGACGAGUUCGAAACUUAUUCUUACGGUUACAGCGAGCCAGGGUCCUCCAGCGAGUCAGACUCGCCGCCGCCGCCCCAGACGCCAAGUCUCCCAAAGAUUACACUCAAAUUACCGGCCCUGAAGCCCAGCAAGCCUGCAAAAUCGCACAAGAAGGCCAAGUCGAAGAAGAGCAGCGCGUCUGCGACGAAUUAUGGCUCCCCGGCUCUAUACGACACGGUAGAAUAUGCGGCACCAAAGGCGCAGCGCCCAGUCAAGCUCAAGCCGCUGAAGGAGGUGCUUUCGAAAUUGAUAGCGCAGAUCAAGAAGAAAGAUGAAUAUGCCAUCUUUCUUGAACCCGUCAAUACGGCCCUUGCGCCAGGCUACACCGAUGUCAUCAAGCACCCCAUGGACUUUGGGACGAUGACAACGAAGGUUGAACGUGGUCGUUAUCGCUCGCUAGAGGAGUUCGCUAACGACUUCAAGCUCGUGACAACGAACGCAAAGACCUACAACCCUCCGAACACGAUCUAUCAUACAGAGGCAAACCGUAUCGAGGCGUACGGGCUCGAUCACAUCUCCAAAGCGGCUGGAACCGUCGUCCAAUACGAGACAGACUGGAACAUCGACGUGGAGAAGGAUGAGGACCCCUUAGAUGUAGAAGAAGAUGAGGGUGGCACCGCUAUGGACGUCGACGAGCCGUCGCAACGAUCAUAUACGCCACAGGCCUCCACACCUGCGCCGGCCACCUCGUCGGGGCGAAGAGGACCACGCGGGCCGUACAAGAAGCAUGCACCUGCUCCGGAGAAGACAGUGGACGAAGACGGUCGACUACCUGGAGCGAAGGACGGUUUGGCAGCGUUCCCACCGGGAUCGGAUUGGGCCAAGGUCAUGCUGCAGCUGAAGUUGAAGAAUAAACGGUAUCGGACAAAGAAAGAGCGGAUGCGCGUAGAGAAGGAGGGCCUUCCUGUUCUACCUGAUGGCAGUUUGGACUACUGGGAGAUUGAAGAGCCCUUCUACAUGCUGCAGCAACUAGUGCCGGAUCCCAUGACGCGCCCUCAGCUCAUACCGCUCUACCCACCGGUGUCCAUGACCACCCCUUCCUCAAGUUCAACAUCGCACUAUCCCCAGGAAAGUCGCGAAAACUCCUAUGAUCCGAACCGUGGUCAGUCAGUUCAGCCACAGGGACCUGCCGCCCCCAAUCUGCCACUUCCUACCACGCUACCGCCAUCGCACAUCCGGGACGUAGAAGCGUACGACCCUCCUCGCGUCCUCGGCAAACGGCGUCACUGGACAAUCACCCGCAAUGUCAGCUCGCGAUGGCGAGGUGACCGCGAGGAGGCAGAGGAAGAGGAUCCACCAUGGAAGGUCCCGCGCGAAGCUCACGCCACGGACUUCGGCUCCCUCGCCGUCCUGGCGAGCGAGAUCGAGGCCGAGAUGCAGCGGCGGAACAUCCAGCCGCGCUCGGUGAACGACCCCAACGAGGAGGAGCGGGUGUUCAUGGUAACGCUGAAGGAGACGCUGGAACCUGAUCCUACAAAGGUUCCGAAGGUCAUGCAUGCGACUGGGAGUAUACGGGAACCGGAGGAGGACGAGUUGGGCCCGCGCAUGAUGAGGCACGAGGCGAUGUUCUUCACGCCGACGAUGGCGGUGGAGGCGGAAGAGUACUUGCGGGACGUGGUCUAUGGAGGUGUGGCGGGGUAUGCGUAUGUGCGUAGUCUGGCCCAGUUCGCCAGCGGCCGCGAUGUGGUUUUGGAGGAUGAAGAUGAGUCCUACGCCAUGGACACCUCCGACGGGCUCACACAACCCCUCCCCCUCGGCAUGCCCCUCGCCCACUACAUCGAGCGCACUAUCCUCGACCCCUGCACCGACAACCGACACGCCCUCCUCCGCCGCACCGCCGCGCUUCUCACCACCUUCCCGCGCGACCGCUGGGUCGUGAUGAUGCGCAAGUACAAGCCGAAUCUCGCGAAGACGGGCAUGUUUGCGGACGACGUGGUGCGCCAGAUCGGGAUCGCGCUGUGCGCGUUCCCGAAUGCGUGCAAGGCGUUCAGCCAGCUGAGGUCGAUGUGGGGGGAGUCCAUUGAUCAGAGUUUGUUGGCGAAGGCACCCGGGGAUCUAGAGGCGUGUGAGAGGGAGUGGGCGGGGGCGGUGGGGGCGCUGAGUGGGCAGGGCCAACCGAAUGGGCAUACACAAGGAGAGGGUGCCAGUGGGAAGCAGCCGCCCCGGAUCCAGGACGUGUUGAACUUCGUGCUGCAGCGGAUCACGGAGGCGGCGCAGAAGGCGAAGGAGGGAUCGGUGAAGAGGGAGGGAGAGGCCGCAGUUGCGUCCGGAGGAGCGGCGGCGGCGGCACCGUCAUCGGCAAUGGGUGCUCAGGAGGAGACGCCCGAGAUGCGGACCAUCCGCAUGAACCUGCUGGCGUUGACGAAGCGGAUGCCGGGGUAUGUGCAGCAGCCGCUGAAUUUCUCGGUGCCGCUGUCGCCCGCGACGGUGAUGCCGCCCGCGACGGCGCCGGCACCUGGUGCUCCAUCGAAUUGA